UGACAUUAGUUGCGGCACUUGCAUAUAAAAGUCAAGAAUCAUUUGCCUCGCUUCACAGUCUUUAAAUUUCAAGCGCAGCAUCGGUUUGCCAAUUUGAUUUCGGCUUGAUUUUGUCCAUAAAAGUUCGUUGUUUUGUGGUUUUUCGCGUUGAUAUUUAUUAUUUAAUUUUGCUUUGUAUUCGGUUGCGUGUGAUAAUACUCACGUCUUGGCUGAAGAGGUUUCUUUGCCUAUUGAACGCGUCUUGAGCGCGUUUUAUUAACGGAUUUGGACAGGACUCGCGUGUGUACGAAGGAUAUCGAGAAGUAGUGGCAGGAUGUUGAUGUUAAAGAUACUCUUUAUAACAGCAACAUUUGCUUUAACCCAUUGUGGUGUCAUUGGCCCGUAUGCCGCACAUUAUGGACCACACGGCGCUGGACCGCUACACUAUGCACCCUAUGCAGUACCUCAUGCACCUCUUCCAGGGCCAUAUGUAGCACCAGCACCAGCACCAGCACCGGCUGCCCCUGAACCCUAUGACCCAGCACCAAAAUACUCUUUCGGCUAUGACAUUCAAGAUGGCUACACUGGCGAUUCGAAGAGCCAACAUGAGACGCGUCAUGGCGAUGUGGUCAAGGGCAGCUAUUCACUUGUUGAUCCGGAUGGCACCAAGCGCACUGUGGACUAUACCGCUGAUCCGCAUAAUGGCUUCAAUGCCGUUGUGCGUAAGGAACCCAUUGCUUACAAAGUCGCCCACGCCCCUGUUCCAGCUCCCAUAGCACCCGCACCCAUCGGCCCAGCAGUAGCCGUGAAGGCACCAGCCAUUUCCUAUCCAAUAGCAAUCGCUCCAGCACACAUUCCAGUCCCAGCACCAGCACCCGCUCCCCUACCCAUUGCACAUGCUGGCCCACAUUUUGCUGCAGCCUAUCCAGCUUUGGCACAUAGCUCUGCCUAUGCUAGCUAUCCGCUCGCUGCUGAUCCGCAUUACGGUAACUAUUAUCCGCACUAAGCUCGACGAAUGGCAGGCAUUGAAAGCAUUUUGGAUAUCGUCCAAGGCGACUAUUUACUUUGAAAUGAUUUUGCUAAUAUUACAUUACGUUAUUUUUCCGCUUUGCAUCUAUCAGCUACUUCUUUUCUUUGAUAAUUCAUAUAAACAUACAUACAUACUCACAUACAUAUAUAUAUAUUUGAAUAUAUAAAUAUUUGUAUUUUUGCAUAUCCGUUUAAUUGCUUUUAUUAUGGCAUGGCAUUUAAUUAUUACUCUGGCACACACAAAAAAAAAGUAAUAUUAAAUAUUCCAUAUCAUAAUCGCAAUCAUAAUCGCUAUUAACGGUUCAUUCAGUAUAUUACUUAUAAAUAAAUACAUAUUUUUAAUUUGAGUAUCGAUGGAAGGACGUACAUUUAUACGAGAAUUACAUACACAUACAGUUAUGUCCUUUACUAUAUAUAUCUCUCUCUCUCUUUCUCCUUUUUGCUCUCUUAUGUAUUUUCAAUCACAAACCAAUACGAUUACAAUGUUAGCAUAAUGAUUACAUUAUUAGAAUUAGAUUCGAAAGCGUGUGUGUUGUUGUUUUCUAAGCACUAAGUUUUAAGAUUUUUUACGAACUUAAUUUUUUAUACAUACAUGCAUACAAAUAUUUAAAUAAAACAGGUACAUUGUGUAUAUAA